GGCACCAUGACGUAAAAGUCUUGCGACGCACGUGUGAGUGAAGUGAGGGGCAGAGAUGGCUGCUGAAAGACUUCAGUUCCAUGAAAUGGGCUUGGACGACCGUCUUUUAAAGGCGGUGGCAGAUCUUGGCUGGUCCCAGCCCACUCUGAUCCAGGAGAAGGCCAUCCCUUUGGCCCUGGAGGGGAAAGACCUUCUUGCCCGAGCCCGCACCGGAUCUGGAAAGACUGCUGCUUACGCCAUUCCUGUCAUCCAGCGCAUCCUGGCCUCCAAACAGAGCGUCCGAGAGCAGGAAGUCAGAGCUCUGAUCCUGGUUCCAACCAAGGAGCUGGGUCAGCAGGUCCAGACCAUGAUCAGGCAGUUAACGGCGUACUGCUCCAGGGACGUCCGAGUCGCCGACAUCACGGGGAAAGCUGACCUGUCGGCACAGAGGCCUAUCUUAAUGGAGAAGCCCGACGUGGUGGUGGGCACGCCAUCCCGCGUGCUGGCCCACCUCAACGCCCAGAACCUGGCGCUGCACUCGUCGCUGGAGACGCUGGUGGUCGACGAGGCCGACCUGCUCUUCUCCUUUGGCUUCGAGGCAGACCUGAAGAACUUGUUGUGUCAUUUGCCGAAGAUCUACCAGUCGUUCCUGAUGUCGGCUACGCUCACGGAGGAUGUUCAGGCCUUGAAGGAGCUGCUGCUACAUAACCCUGUGAUCCUGAAGCUGCAGGGCUCUCAGCUCCCAGACAGCAGCCAGCUGCAGCAGUACAGCAUCAAAUGCGAGGAGGAGGACAAGUUCCUGCUGAUCUACACGCUGCUGAAGCUGCGGCUGGUUCAGGGGAAGACGCUGGUGUUUGUGGGAGCGGUGGAGCGAUGCUACAGACUCAAACUGUUCCUGGAGCAGUUUGGCAUCCCCGCCUGCGUGCUCAACUCGGAGCUGCCCAUCCAGUCCAGGUGUCACAUCAUCACCCAGUUCAACCAGGGCUUUUACGACUACAUCAUCGCCACGGAUGAACAGAGUCUGGCCGACCCCACUGCUGCUCCGCAGGUGACUGCGGGCAAAGGGAAGAAGAAGAAGAAGGGCACAGAGAGAGGAGGAAGGACGAAGGACAAGGAGUAUGGAGUCUCCAGAGGCGUGGACUUCCAAAAUGUCGCCAACGUCAUCAACUUUGAUUUCCCCACAGCCGUAGAAUCGUACAUUCACCGAGUGGGAAGAACGGCGAGAGCCGACAACCCCGGCACUGCUCUGUCUUUCAUCUCUCACACUGAGCUGGAACUGCUGUCCGAGGUGGAGGAGGCGCUCACCGGAGAGAAUGCUGAUUCUGUCCUGAAACCUUACGAGUUUAAGAUGGAAGAGAUUGAAGGCUUCCGGUACCGGUGCAGGGACGCCAUGCGCUCGGUGACGAAGCAGGCGGUGAGGGAGGCCCGGCUGAAGGAGAUCAAACAGGAGCUGCUCAACUCGGAGAAACUCAAGACGUAUUUCGAGGACAACCCCAGAGACCUGCAGCUGCUCCGACACGACAAAGACCUGCAUCCCGCUGUCAUCAAACCCCACCUGAGGAACGUUCCCGAGUACCUCGUCCCUGAGACACUGAGGGGUGCGCUGAACCCGCUCUCCCACCGCAGGAGGAAGAAGAGGAAGGAGAAACCCAAACCGGACGGAGUCGUCAAGAGCAAGUUCAAGAACAUCCAGGGGAAGAACCCACUGAAGAGUUUCCGAUACAGUGGAGUGAGGAACAGGAAGGGCAAAGCAGGCCACUCAUAGCUGCAGCACACCUGGAAGUUUAUCAGUCCUGGAUCUCAGAACUGUGCACAGAGACUUUUCACCAAAAGGACAAUUCUGUCUCCAGCGUUGGCCCCGAUGGACGAGACA